CCCAGCUGCCUGCCGGCGCUGCUGCCGCGCUCCCUCCGGGUUCUGCCGCGCGGGCCUUGCAUGUGGAGCUGCCGUCUCAGCAGCGGCGCCUAAGACAUCUUCGGAAUAUUGCAGCCCGGAACAUUGUUAAUAGAAAUGGUCAUCAACUCCUGGACACCUACUUCACACUUCACUUGUGUAGUACUGAAAAGAUAUAUAAAGAACCCAACUUGGAGGAGUCUUGAUUUUGGAAUAAUGCCCAACCGUCUUGACACAUCUGUGUCUUUUUUUGUGGUGAAGAUAUGGGGUGGAAAGGAAGACAUCUAUCAGCUAUUGAUUGAAUGGAAAGUCUGUUUGGAUGGGCUGAAAUACUUGGGUCAGCAGAUUCAUGCCCGCAACCAAAAUGAAAUAAUUUUUGGCCUGAAUGAUGGCUACUAUGGUGCUCCUUCUGAACAUAAGGGUUCUUCAAAUGUGCAGAAGAAUAUUCUUCAGGUGGAUCAGAACUGUGUUCGCAAUUCUUACGAUGUCUUCUGUUUGCUGCGGCUUCAUAGAGCCCAGUGUGCAAUUAAACAGACUCAGGUAACUGUUCAGAAAAUUGGAAAGGAAAUUGAAGAAAAACUAAGACUCACAUCUACAAGCAAUGAGCUGAAAAAAGAAAGUGAGUGCCUGCAUUUAAGAAUUUUGGUGCUUCGAAAUGAACUGGAAAGACAGAAGAAAGCUUUGGGACGAGAGGUGGCGUUACUGCAUAAACAACAAAUUGCAUUACAGGACAAAGGAAGUGCAUUUUCUACCGAGCAUCUCAAACUUCAGCUCCAGAAGGAAUCCCUAAAUGAGUUGAGGAAAGAAUGUACUGCAAAAAGAGAACUCUUUCUGAAGACUAAUGCACAGUUGACAAUUCGUUGCAGGCAAUUACUCUCUGAGCUCUCCUACAUUUAUCCUAUUGAUUUGAAUGACCAUAAGGAUUACUUUGUAUGUGGUGUUAGGUUGCCCAAUUCUGAAGACUUCCAAGCAAAAGAUGAUGGAAGCAUUGCUGUUGCCCUUGGUUACACUGCACACUUGGUCUCCAUGAUUUCCUUUUUCCUACAAGUGCCCCUCAGAUAUCCUAUAAUUCACAAGGGAUCAAGAUCGACAAUCAAAGAUAAUAUCAAUGACAAACUGACUGAAAAGGAGAGAGAGUUUCCAUUAUACCCAAAAGGAGGGGAGAAGUUACAAUUUGAUUAUGGUGUCUAUCUUCUGAACAAAAAUAUAGCACAGCUAAGAUAUCAACAUGGACUAGGGACUCCAGAUUUGAGGCAAACCCUUCCCAACCUGAAAAACUUCAUGGAACAUGGACUAAUGGUCAGGUGCGACAGACAUCAUACCUCCAGUGCAAUCCCUGUUCCAAAGAGACAAAGCUCCAUAUUUGGGGGUGCAGAUGAGGGCUUCUCGGGGGUAAUCCCUUCACCAGACAAAGGACACCGAAAACGUGCCAGCUCAGAGAAUGAGAGACUCCAGUACAAAACCCCUCCUCCCAGUUACAACUCAGCAUUGGCCCAGCCAGUGACCACCAUCGCCCCAAUGGGAGAGUCUGAGGGGAAGACAGCAUCUCUGUGCUCCUCUUUGGACACCUCCUUGGACUUCUCCAAAGAAAAUAAGAAAAAAGCAGUUGACUUGGGUGACAGCUUAAAUAGGGGCCAUAUGAGUGUGAACACUAGCCAAGAGCAAGCAGAAGCACUCCCUGGGCAUCCAGCCACAGUGAAUGGCACGCUCUUGCCCAGCGAACAGGCCAGCUCUUCCGGCGUCCAGCCUCCGGGUGAGUUCCCCCCAGUCUCAGAAGCUGAGCUCUGCUGCACUGUGGAGCAAGCAGAAGAGAUCAUUGGGAUGGAAGCCACAGGUUUCACCUCAGGCGAUCAGCUGGAAGCCUUUAACUGUAUCCCAGUGGACAGUGCCGUGGCAGUGGAGUGUGACGAGCAAGUUCUGGGAGAAUUUGAAGAGUUCUCCCGAAGGAUCUAUGCACUGAAUGAAAAUGUAUCCAGCUUCCGCAGGCCGCGCCGGAGUUCUGAUAAGUGAAGUGAGCAGAGACAAGAGGACCAGGCCAGAGUCGUGGCCUAAAAUGAAGAUAAAGCUGCACCGGUUACCCUUUAAUAAUUAUGACACAAAAUGGAUAUUACUGGAGGAUAUUCCUCAGAGAAACAGACUUUGUGAAUCAAGAAGGGACUCAGGGUCAUUGUGUAUCAGUGGGCCAGACAGAGUUAGAUUUUGCUUGCAAGAUUUGCUUUACAGGUCUGACGAUUGUUUUAAGGCAAAAGUUACUCUCUAGCUCGAGUCACCUUAUAGAUAUUUGUCUGCUUUUUUAUUUACACUUCUAUGUUAUCCUCAGAGGGAAGAUGAUAAUAUAUAAAUAAUAUAAUGAACUCACCUUUAGUUUCUCAUAAGCAUUUGCCCUCACCAUAUUUUGUGAAACUUUGGGAAAUGAAUAUUCAGACAAAGCUUCCCAUCAUUUACUGAAGGAUCUUUUGCCAUCCCUACCAUUGAUGAAUAAGCACAAUGGUGUCCUUAGACCUCGGCUCACCCACCCCACCCCUGCCCCCCGCACCACUCACCCUCAGACACUGCUGCCCCACCUCACGGUAGGUGGGGCUGUACAUCCUGAAAACUGAGGACAUGAGGGUCACUGCUUGUUGGAUGCAGGGACCGUGACCUUCCACCUCCUCUAGUCAGCUGGACGGAGAGAGUCCUCAAAUUAGAUGAAAAACCUCACCUCUGUUCAAUCCCAGUGGACCCUCAAGGACCCCAAAGUUGCUACAGUCAGAGAGUGUCCAACCCCAUUUUGGGGACCAAAGUGUUUACGUGAGCAAAUGCUGCCAUAAACAAGUAGGCAUGCUUCCUGGCAGUGCACCCAGUAGACACAAAUUCCUGUAUGUAAAUCCCAUGUUAAUUUAUUAAAUUUUAGUUGGAGAGGAAAGCAUUGUAUAUGAUUAAUUAUACGUAGGGUCAGGCUGUCCAAUGUACAGACUGCAAGGCCAUUGAUACAGUUGGGUUAAGGGACUAGGUGAGGCAUAGAAUAUUAUUGGUCUGUGUGCAAUUGCAUAAAUAUUAAAUUAUGUUUUUGAAAUCCAAUUGUCAUUCCUGGAACUCAGAUUUUAUUUGCUAUUGCUUUAUACUUUAUAUACCCAAGGAUGUCGCCUCAGGGUUGCAAGCUCUUUAAGGAAAAUUUAUCCAUAUAUCUGUGUAUUGUAUAGAAGAAUAAAAAUUGAGUUUACAUCACCUGACCUGAUUUUUUUCUUCCAGCUGUGGAAUUUCUCUUGAACUUGCAUUUCUAGAUGUUACAUCACAGCAGGACUAACCUGAACAAAACAGUGGCCAUCUCUAAGCUAAUGUCCCUGACCUCAUUUGAGUGUACCUGCUGUGUAUCGUGGCAUAAACACCUUCACAGGUGCAGUCUCCAGUAGCUGCACUCAUCCUGCAUGUCGUCUUAACUCAUUGAUUUCGUAGUCAUUUUCAUGUUUUGUCCAAGCACUCCUGGACUCAGUUUUAAUUUAUAGCUACAUGGUCAAAUCGAGUAGUUCAUUUGUUCCACAUAGAAACUCACAGAAUCAUUGCAUGACAGACAGACCCGACCUGCAAGGCAUUAAAAGCUUUAACUUGAUCUGAAGAAAUCCAUCUUAUUCCAUGUGAGACGGGACCACACCAAGCCUGGAGCAGAAGCCACGGACACAUAGCUGCUUUGUAGGGUGCUGUCGUUCAUUUUAGAGUCAGGGAGUGAAGGUAGACAUGGUCUUGGACGGAAGUCAGACUGGGCUGGGGCCUCCCAAUGAAGUAACAUCUGCAUCCAAAAAAGUUUUUGAAGGACCUGUGUGAGGGUUGGGUAAUAGAAGGUGAACCUCGUGUGCUAUGUGCUUGCCCCAGAUAAGGGCGUGCAGCUUAAACUGCAGGCCACAUUCAAAGGCAGAGCACACCCCACUGUAGACUCUCCUGCUGACUCCGGGCACAAGCAGGCAAGCCCAGGAGCUCAGCGCAACCACGGGGACAGUUUGCCUUGGGCCCCCACAGCAGAUAAGCCGGGAGCCCUGAGAGUCUCUCCUUCAUACUCCCAUAUGCAGACUCCCUGAUUCUGGGGGUCCGCAGCUUUUUAUCCCCAAGCAUGGAGCCCUGCCUCGGAAUGGGAUCAUCACAUUGCUGAAGAUUGAGCAACAGUCACCAACGCAAUGGCUUGGGCCACACCGUGUCUCGGCUGCAUUUGGCUUGCAGGUUGGGUUGUCCUUUGAGUGGGAUGUUUGCAGCUUCUGCAGUGACCUAGGCGGAACCUCCAGGUUUACGCGUCACCAGGAAUAACUGUUCAACCUUUUUCCAAAGCUGCGGAAUUUGUUUUGCCUCUGUUUAAAGUGGUCAAGACCAAAAUAAUGGGAUAAGUUGCUAUAUUCUGCUAACCUUUUGAAUUGGUCUUGUGAAUUACACAAAAAAAUUAAAAUUUGCUUUGAGUUGAAGUGAAAACUUACUACUAUCCAUUUCUGAACUGCUGAGAGCUUUUUCAGUUUUCAUGUAGCUGAGACACUUUUAACAUCUGACAAAUGUUAUCAAAUGGGUAUUUGAUUGUGUUUUCUCUUUCUGCUCCCUUUACCCACUUUAAAAAUUCCAGAGAUUUUUUUCCCCCCUUGGAAUAUUAGUUUUGGAAGAUUGUAUCCAGCUAUAUUUUUUUUAGCAGUUCUAAUGGUGCCCAUUUAUCCUGACCUAACUGGUUAUUUAAAUAAUUUUUUAAGCCACCACCAAUAAUGAAUGGCAUGUGAAACUGAUCUGUUGGUAAUUGGAAGAAAACUCAGCAUCUGUAUUU